CGCUACAGCCUGGCCGGGCCCGGUGCGGCGCACGGCAAGUCCCGCCUCCGGCACCACAUGAUGCCGCUUCUCCUUCCUGCCUCUCCCGUCCCGCGCAGAAAAGGGACCUGGGCGUAGGGCGAGAGGAAGUGAUUUCCCUCUCCGCGCCGCCGCCGAUCGCGGGAAACGCGCGGCCCCUCCGUAUCCUCCGUCACUUCGCUUCGUUCCUGCCGGGUGGGGCCAUGGCGGGGCCGUGGCUGUGGCUGCGGCUGCUAGCACUGCUGGGCGGCGCGCUGGUCCCCGGCGGCGCCUUCAACCUGGACGUGGAGCGCCCGGCCGUGUACUCGGGUCCGCAGGGCAGCUACUUCGGCUUCGCCGUGGACUUCUUCGCUCCCGACCCGUCCUCGGUAUUUCUUCUGGUGGGAGCUCCGAAAGCAAACACUACCCAGCACAACAUUGUAGAAGGAGGCCAGGUGCUCAAAUGUAACUGGAAUUCCAACAGAAACUGCCAGCCGAUUGUAUUUGACUCCACAGGCAACAGAGAUUUUGCUCCUGAUGAUCCACUAGAAUUUAAGUCUCAUCAGUGGUUUGGAGCCUCUGUGAGAUCCAAAACUGAUAAAAUUCUGGCCUGUGCUCCACUGUACCACUGGAGAACUGAAACAAAACAAGAGAGAGAGCCCGUAGGAACUUGUUACCUGCUUGCUGGAUCUAAAUCUGUGGAAUAUGCACCCUGCAGGUCAACCACUAUUGAUGCUGAUGGACAGGGAUUUUGUCAAGGUGGAUUUAGUAUUGACUUUACAAAGGGAGACAGAGUGCUGCUUGGAGGACCUGGAAGUUUUUACUGGCAAGGACAACUUAUUUCUGAUCGAGUAACAGAGAUUGUAGCUAAAUAUGACUCCAAAGUCUACAGUGCAAAGUAUGAUGACCAGUUAGCAACCAGACCUGCCAGUGCUGCUUUUGAUGACAGCUACUUGGGUUAUUCGGUGACUGUUGGAGACUUCAAUAGUGAUGGCAUAGAAGACUUUGUAUCAGGAGUCCCAAGAGCAGCAAGAACUCUAGGCAUGGUGUCUAUUUAUAAUGGGAAAAACAUGUCUUCCAUGUACAACUUCACUGGAGAGCAGAUGGCUGCUUAUUUUGGGUAUUCAGUUGCUGCCACAGAUAUCAAUAAGGACAAUUAUACAGAUUUGUUUAUUGGAGCCCCUCUUUUUAUGGAUCGAAGUUCUGAUGGGAAACUUCAAGAGGUCGGCCAAGUUUCCAUUUGCCUUCAACGAGCCUCUGGAGGGUUUCACAUCACAAAGCUGAAUGGUUUUGAGAUAUUUGCAAGAUUCAGCAGUUCUAUUGCACCUCUGGGGGAUAUAGAUCAGGAUGGCUUCAAUGAUAUUGCAGUUGCUGCACCAUAUGGUGGAGAGGGCAAGAGAGGACUUGUCUAUAUCUACAAUGGAAGAGCAAAUGGUUUAAAUGCAGUCCCAUCUCAAAUUCUUGAAGGGCAGUGGGCUGCUCGCACUAUACCACCCAGUUUUGGGUACUCGCUGAAAGGAGCUACAGAUGUGGACAAAAAUGGAUACCCAGAUUUGAUUGUUGGAGCCUUUGGUGUUGACACAGCUGUUUUGUAUAGGGCUAGACCAGUUAUUAGAGUAAAUGCUGCCCUGGAAGUUAAUCCAACCAUUCUAAACCCAGAGAACAAAGCCUGUUCGCUGUCAGAUGUAAAGGUUUCUUGCUUCAAAGUAAAGUUCUGCUUAAAAGCAGAUGGCAAAGGAAAGCUCCCUAAUUCACUCAAUUUCCAAGUGGAGCUACUGUUGGAUAAACUUAAGCAGAAAGGAGCUAUAAGGAGAGCUCUGUUUCUCCACAGUAAACAGCCUAGCCACACUAAGAACAUGACUAUUACCAAGGGGGGGAAAAUGAAUUGUGAAGAACUCGAUGCCUUUUUGAGGGACGAAUCUGAAUUUAGAGACAAACUAACUCCCAUUACUAUCUUUAUGGAAUAUCGUCUGGAUUACAGAACAGCUGCAGAUGCAACAGGAUUGCAGCCUAUCCUUAACCAGUUCACUCCCGCUAAUAUGAGCAGACAGGCACAUAUUCUGCUGGAUUGUGGUGAUGAUAAUGUCUGCAAACCAAAGCUGAAGGUUUCAGUAGAAAGUGAUCAGAAGCAGAUCUAUAUUGGUGAUGACAAUCCCUUGACAUUAAUUGUCAGUGCCCAGAAUCUAGGAGAAGGAGCCUAUGAAGCAGAGCUCUUUGUCACUGUUCCACCCCAAGCAGAUUUUGUAGGUGUUGUUCGUAACAAUGAGGCUUUAGCAAGACUGUCUUGUGCAUUUAAAACAGAGAAUCAAACUCGCAUGGUAGUUUGUGACCUGGGAAAUCCCAUGAAAGCAGGAAUUAAGCUAUUAGCUGGCCUGCGUUUCAGUGUGCACCAGCAGUCUGAAAUGGAUACCUCUGUGAAGUUUGACUUGCAAAUUCGAAGUUCCAACCUGUAUGAUAAUCUAAGUCCAGUAGCAUUCUAUCAGGCUGACCUUGCAAUUUUAGCAGCUGUUGAAAUUAGAGGUGUAUCGUCUCCUGAUCACAUAUUCCUUCCUGUUGCAAAUUGGCAGCCGAAAGAGAAUCCAGAAACAGAAGAUGAUAUUGGGCCUCUAGUGCAGCAUAUCUAUGAGCUAAGAAACAAUGGUCCAAGUGCAUUCAGCAAGGUGAUGAUGACUCUGCAGUGGCCUUACAAAUACAAAAACUACACACUGUUGUAUAUCGUUCAGUAUGAAAUUGAUGGUCCCAUGAACUGCACUUCUGAUAUGGAAAUCAAUCCAUUAAAAAUUAAGAUUUCUGCUUCUAAAGAUGGUGAUAAGAAUGAAACAAUUAGCAGGGAAGAUAAUCGCCAUCAUCGUAUCAGUCGAAGAGAUAUAGCUGCCAUUGAAGGAGACGUGCAUACUUUGGGUUGUGGAACUGCUGAUUGUUUAAAGAUAGUCUGUCAAGUUGGCCACCUGGAAAGGGGAAAGAGUGCAAUAUUGUAUUUAAAAUCACGCCUUUGGACCCAAACUUUCAUGAAUAAAGAAAAUCAGAAUCACUCCUAUUCUCUCAAAUCUUCUGCUUCUUUCAAUGUUAUAGAAUUUCCUUAUAAGAACCUUUCCUUUGAAGAUAUCCACAAUUCUACAGUAGUUACUACAAACAUUACAUGGGGCAUUCAACCACAGCCUAUGCCUGUGCCAGUGUGGGUUAUAAUUUUGGCUGUCCUAGCAGGAUUAUUGCUCUUGGCUGUUCUAGUAUUUGUUAUGUACAGGAUGGGCUUUUUCAAACGUGUGAGACCACCUCAGGAAGAACAAGAAAGAGAACAACUGCAACCACAUGAGAACGGGGAAGGAACAUCAGAAGCUUAAGCAGAGUUUUAUCUGUAAGACAUUCUGAAUUUUUUAAAUGCCUACAUCUUGGUUAUGGACAUUGCUUUUCCCCCCAAAGAAAAAAACACUCAUGACUGCAAAGUUGCUGGUCUUGGAAUGUAUCAGCAUGUACAAAAUAGGAGCAAUAUAUUUAAAUCCUCCUUUUUGUAUUACUUAUGUUCAUACAUGUGACUAAUGCAUCUGCACUGAUUUUUGUGUGAAAAAAAUUAAAAUAAUAUGUAGUGCUAUAAUUUUGCUUACUGGGACGUAGGAGACAUCAUCUUUUUUGAUUCACUGACCAACUUUACAUGAAUUGCUACACAGAUUCUGUGUUUGCUCUUGAAGCCAACAGCUCCCAUAGAUACUUGAUGGAUUACACACAUUUUGAUUGAUUUUUGUUGGUGUAUACUACAUUUCCUAGCUCUUGAAAGGUAGUUGCACAAAAAAAUGAGUAUAGCUUGUUUUACAAAACUGAAGAAUAUUCUUUGACCAUUAACUCUGCUUAUUUUUUUCCUCCUGCUCAAAAAAAUAUCCAGUGCUUAUUCCUUUGAGCUUAUUCGGUGUAAUCAAUCACAUCUGCAUGCCUGUUCCUCUUCUGGCUCAGUCUUGUGGUUUCCCUCUAGACUUUACAAAUAGUUGUUCUCCAGGUCCUAGGUCUCUUACAGGAGGGACUGAGCUUACAGAAACAGAAGUGAGCCAUAGAAAGCUGGGGAUGAUGUACUUUCUAUGAGAUCUAGUGAAAAGAUUCAGGGCAAGAUACAAAGACUGCUGUGCUUUUCCACAGAGAAGGGUACAGGUGUUCCACAGAAUUACUGGUAGCAAUUAAUUCAGAUACUGCCAGGGACAAGAUAUUGGACUGUGGCUGCCAACAGAUGUGUCUGAUGAGAAAACUCAUAGCCUUUAUAUUCAAGGAUAAACCUCCACAGGGUUGAAAGCUAAGUUUGUAUAUUACUCAGGUUGAAUUUCAGUUUCUCCAAAACAAUGGAAGGAAUACUUUGUGACAGGUUACCUGAUGCACAGUAAGAAACUUGUUAUUAAUUUUCACAGCCUGUGGUUGACCAUGUCCAAGUGCAGGAUGGAGUAAUACAGGGACUGUUUAAAUUAGAGUAUCUGCCAGCCAAACAUAACUAGAUUACAUCAGUACUUCCGCUACUGUCAGGCCUGCCUUGCCACCUGCCCUGAGAGACCAGUGAGCUUGACAAAUGAAGUCUGUAUGUAGCUGGCAAUGCAGGAGGGUUUGUUUGUAAAGAGACUGUUAAUUUGCCUUGUUUUAUUUUGUUUUUUCAGUGUUUCUCUCAUAGUAUGCUUCAUUGCACAAGACGCAUCUCAUUGCACAAGACAUUUCAUUAUGUCAAUACAUUUCAUUACCAUAAAAGAUACUAAAUAUUUUCUUUAACUGUUUGUUUUUUAAACCUACCAAAAAUUCAGUGGUUUAAAGCACGUGUUUGUUAUUCUUAGCUUGGUGUGGCAAAAUUGAGCUUCUUAUAUUUAAGAGAGAAUAGAACAACAUUGUCUUUAUACAUUUCAGUAAACAUGUAGUUGCAAAUUGGGAGGUGGUUUGGCUUGCAAACAUGCGUAGCUGUGUUACACAGACCUGAGAGUGGACAUACCUAAACUAUUACAAAGGUGCCUUAUAUGAGAUUUGUUUACUCUCUAUUCCAAAAACGGAAUAAAUUACAUUAUGAACUCCCUGUAUGCAGCCACAUAUAAAAACAAAGACUUCUACUGUAAUUAUACCAGUGAGAUUUCUAUGUAGACAAACUCUUCAAACAACAAAACCUCUGCUUUGGUUUGGGUUUUUAUCUAGGGUUUUCUGUUCAAAGCUGCAUCUCUCCCAUAAAUACUGCAAUACCCACUAAAUCCAGAAUUAUCUGAAGAGUUUGAUUCAACUCCCAUUUCUGCAUCCUUUCCAAAAUUUACAAUCUGCACAUGGCUUUCGUUGUCAAGUUCGUUCUUACUGAACUGUGAUGGCAUUUGAGUCAUUAAGAGAGGCAGAACAAAGUUGGGGGCAGGGAGCAGUUACAUAUAUCAGAUAUAGGCUUGAAUAUUUACCCUUUUACAUGUUUUUGUUUUAGACAAUUCGUUUAUAUAUAAUUAGUUUAUAUGAGAGGAUAUAGGGCAUAAUUCUGCCUUCACUGAAUUUUCAAGGUCUUCAGUGUGGGGAACUUUAUUUUUGUCUUAUAAAAUAACUUAUUGUCACUAGUAAUAUAGUAAAGAAUCAGGAGUCAGGCUUUGAUCCUGGUCUCAAGAUGUGAUUAUAAAACAGAACUUCAGUUAUUUAUGCAGGCUUCUAGUUCACACACUUUGAACUGAUUAUCUAUAUGUAAGGAGAUUGUUUUUACCAAGUCUUAGUAGGUUAAAAGGUUUAAGAGACUGUCAGACAGAUUACAGCUCUAAUUCUUACAUGUGUGCUUUCAUUACAUGUACACACUGUGGUGACUUGAAACUCAUUAGGCUACUUGCAUGUCUAAGCAUUAUAAGGAGAUGAAAAUAAAUUUAAAAAAGCACAGUCGAGAUCUCUUCAGCUUACAUGAAAGGCACCCAUAGCAUUGUUACUGUCAGCGCUAGCUGCAUCUUAAUUUUACUGUGGCAACUGGAAACUCAUUUUGAUGAUUUUCAGGAUAAAAAGGUACAUUUUAUUGGUACAACUGCUGUAGCUAUGGAAAGAUUCUUCCAUUUACUUAAGCUAUAUAAAGUAAGACUUAUUUAAAUGAUUUUUAUUUCCUUGCAUUCUACUGGAGAAUGAAAGCAAAUAGUUGCUUCUCCAUGUUCUCUAAUUUCCAGUUUGGUUAAAAGCCAACAAAACAAAACAGUACCAUAUGUAAAUGGUAACGCAGGUUACUUAGCGAACAUGAAUAUAACACAUCAAAUUCAGUUUAAAGUACCAUUUCUGUCAGGAAGGUUCUGUACAAGACAUGUUCCUGAAUGGGGGUUCAGAAAGUAUUUGAUCUCAUGUUCUAGAUUCAGCAGUAAGAUUGUAGAAUAUAUAUGUACUUGUGUCAAUAUAAAUUUCAUGUUGACAUACUGACACUGAUGUAUUUUUACAGCAAGUAUUGUAGAAUGAUGUUAAAACUUUUAAAGAAACUUUUAGAAAUUUAUUUUGAAAUUAAAUUAAUGCCCUUGAGUCAGAAAUUAUGGGCGUAAGAUGCAUACUGCAAGUAUUGAAGAAUUACAAGUACAGUAACAGAAAACUAGUCCUCUUGAGAGUUAUGUUUCAGCACCAUUACUUUUUAUUAUAUAAAUUCAACAGCUAUGUAAUUAUUUAGACAAUGAAAACAUUUUAAGAGAUAUAUCUUUUACAAUGAAUUAUGAAAUUCUCUAAGUACUCCAGUUUGCCAUUACUGUAGCAUCUCAUGAUCACUAUUAAAAAGUUAUUUCUAUUACAAAAGGCGUAUUAUCUAAUACUAAAUUUGACUGACAAUAUUUAGAAAACAUAAAAUAAGGAACCUAAUUUAUAGGUUUACAUUUCUUUCCAUAAACUACACAUUUUGGAGAUAGCUUUUGUUUAAGAGUGACUGCAAAGUCAAAUAUAGGAUACAUUUAUCAGCAGAAGUUGAAAUUUUUGAAGAAAUGUUCACAGAUAUCAGUAUCAAGUUUAUCAUUUUAUUUGUCCCAUUUUUUCUGUUUUAAAUUUUUAUUUACACAUUGAUCUUUGAUUCACUUAAUGCUUGUGAAAACUUUAAGAAAGUUUUAUAUGCUCGCUCUUUAUAAAGCAUUUUUUUCCAAGCAAAGACUUUUAAUAUUUAGUUAUUUCUAAACUUUGAUGCUUACAUAAUCUUUAUGGUAAACUCUCACAGGUAUUUUGAAAAUAUGUCAACUAUAAUCAGAAUGUUCUUGGUGAUCCUAAAGAUUCAUGUUGCACUUAGCAAACCCAAUUGUUGCAAAAAUCUGUUGGUUACCCUGGCAAAGGCCCUGCAGUGUUUAUUCCUACACUGUCACCAGUAGUCACAAAGCAGCAUUACCCUGGUGAAAAUCUAGUCAGUUUUUGUCUCUGGUCCAGACUAAAGACCUAUUCCAGAGUCUAAUGAAGUCAUAGAAAACCUGACAUGCAAUGCAUCUUGCUUUGAAUGUGACCCUUUGUAUUCAGGGCUGCUGGCUUUUAAUGCUGAAAAAAUGAUAGGAUUUUAUAAAAGGAAAAUGAAAA